ACUGACUCACUGAGUCAAAGCAGAUCCGAACGAGAAAAGCGAUGGCUCCGAGCACGAUUCGGAAGGCAAUUGGUGCGGUGAAGGACCAAACGAGCAUAGGGAUUGCGAAGGUUGCGAGCAACAUGGCGCCGGACUUGGAGGUUGCGAUCGUGAAAGCGACGAGCCACGACGACGAUCCCGCCGGCGAGAAGUACAUACGCGAGAUCUUGAACCUCAUGUCUUACUCCCGCGGAUACGUCCACGCGUGUGUCACCGCCGUGUCAAAGCGAUUGGGGAAGACGCGCGACUGGAUCGUUGCUCUGAAAGCUCUCAUGCUGGUUCACCGACUCAUGAACGAGGGUCCACCGAUGUUCCAAGAAGAGAUACUCUACGCGACUAGGAGAGGAACCAGGCUCCUCAACAUGUCUGAUUUCAGGGACGAGGCUCACUCUAGCUCAUGGGAUCACUCUGCUUUUGUAAGAACUUAUGCUAUGUAUCUUGAUCAACGUCUUGAGUUGAUGCUUUUUGAUAGGAAGAGCAGUGGCGCUGCUGGUGGAGCUGGAAGCGCUGGCGCUGGCGGAAGCGGCAGUGGUGGCGGUUUUGAUGAUAGGUUUGGGGGUAGGGACAAUUUCCGGUCCCCUCCGCCGCGGCCUUACGAGUAUGAGUACGGCGGAGGUGAAUUGAAGGGAGAAGGGUAUGGUUAUGGGAACGGAGGGAUGAGGAGGACGAGGUCGUUUGGUGAUGUGACUGAGAGGGAAAAUGUUGGAAGGGUUGAUAAGAGUAUUGUUGCUGUGACUCCGUUGAGGGACAUGAAGCCGGAGAGGAUUUUCGGUAAGAUGGGACAUUUGCAGAGGUUGCUGGAUCGGUUCUUGGCUUGUAGGCCUACCGGUUUGGCCAAGAACAGCAGGAUGAUCUUGAUUGCGUUGUACCCUGUUGUGAAGGAGAGUUUUCAGCUCUAUGCUGAUAUCUGUGAGGUUCUUGCUGUGCUUCUUGAUAAGUUCUUUGAUAUGGAAUACCCUGAUUGUGUUAAGGCCUUUGAUGCUUAUGCCAGCGCGGCGAAGCAGAUCGACGAGCUUAUUGCGUUCUUCAACUGGUGUAAGGAUACAGGUGUGGCGAGAUCUUCUGAGUACCCCGAGGUUCAGAGGAUUACUAGCAAGCUGUUGGAGACCCUGGAGGAGUUUGUUAGGGAUAGGGCCAAGAGGCCUAAGAGUCCUGAGAGGAAAGAGGAAUUGCCCCCACCACCUGCAAAAGAGGAGGAACCGGAGCCGGAUAUGAAUGAGAUCAAGGCACUGCCUCCACCGGAGGAUUACACCCCGCCUCCGCAGCCUGAGCCAGAGCCUAAGCCACAGCCACCACCGGUUACAGAGGACUUGGUGAAUCUGAGAGAUGAUGCAGUCAGUGCUGAUGAUCAAGGUAACAGAUUGGCUUUGGCACUCUUUGCCGGUGCUCCUGGUAGCAAUGCUAAUGGUUCUUGGCAAGCCUUCCCAUCAAAUGGACAGCCCGAAGUUACUUCGGCUUGGCAGACUCCAGCAGCUGAGGCCGGGAAGGCCGAUUGGGAAUUGGCGCUGGUAGAAACUGCUAGUAAUUUAUCAAGGCAGAAGCAGAAUUUGGGUGGUGGUCUUGAUCCCUUAUUGUUGAAUGGUAUGUAUGAUCAAGGAAUGGUGAGGCAGCAUGUGAGCACAUCACAAUUGAGUGGAGGAAGUGCAAGCAGUGUGGCAUUGCCGGGACCCGGAAAAACCACCACACCUGUUUUGGCUCUCCCUGCCCCAGAUGGGUCAGUGCAGCCGGUGAAUCAGGAUCCCUUCGCGGCAUCAUUGACUAUUCCGCCACCUUCUUAUGUGCAAAUGGCGGAUAUGGAGAAGAAGCAGCAUUUACUUGUGCAGGAACAGGUUGUGUGGCAGCAGUAUGCAAGGGAUGGAAUGCAAGGUCAAUCUAGCUUGGCCAGACUAAACGGCAAUGGUUACUAUCCCGGAACUCCAAUGCCUGCAGCAAUGCCUUAUGGAAUGCCCCCAGUCAAUGGAAUGGGACCUCCCGCUGGGUAUUAUCACACUCCUUACUGAUCAAUACCCUCUUUUGUUCUUUUCAUUGCAUAUCUAUAGGUUGCUUCGUUUAUUUUUUGUAUUA